AUGGAUGAUCAACAGCUUGUUCGGGUACGAGUACCCGGCCACAUCGAGAAAUACUCGACAACUCGAAGUCACCUAGGAAUCUACAAUAAUGUUGCUCUGACCGCGCGCUACAAAUGGUCGGUUGAACCAUCUACACCAGUCAAAUCGAUUCUCUUUCAUGCCCUUUCCAAACUCAUCUGCGAUCAUCCGAUAUUGUCGGCCGUUCCAGUCGGCAUCGAGACUUCGAACCCUUGUUUUGUGUGUCUGCCGGAGAUUCGCCUCAAUGAGGUCGUCACAUUCGCGAGCAACGAUCUUGACCCCGGUCUACAUUGGAAGGAGUGUCUUGACAAGAUGCUGGAAGAACAGCAUAAUUGGCCCUUCCAGCUCGAUCAUGAUAGAGCCCUUCCUUUCUGGAGAGUGGCUGUUUUGGAGAGCAAGAGAAUACCUUCGUCUUUCACUAUCGCAUUUGUAUUUCAUCAUGCACUAAUGGAUACAAGGAGCGCGCUUUCUCUGCACGAAGAGCUAGAAGCGCACAUGAAUGAGUUCAACGGUGCCUGUGGCCGCGUGACCCCCCAGGACUUCAUAAAGACUUCGUCCAAUGAUCUGAUUCCUCCGCUAGAGGAACUAUAUGAACUCCCUGUAUCCCAGGAAUUUGUCCGAUCUCAGGAGAAUUCCAGUGAGCCUGGAACCGACAGCUGGACUGGCAGCCCACGGUCUAUACCGGUGAAGACUCGCUUUUCCUCUUUGUGGCUAUCUACAUCCGAGACAAAUGCUCUUGCGGCCCAGAGUAAGAAGGAAGGCUCAUCAGUCACGGCAGCUCUUCAAACCCUGGUUGCAAGCUGCCUUUUUGCGAUCCUCCCUCAGGAAUAUAAUAGGCUUCAGGCCGACUGCGCAGUCUCUUUACGGGGAUUUCUCCCACAGCCAGUCACAUCAACAACUCUGGGCUCUUAUGCUGGAGUAGUCUCCACAGUAUACCAACGAUCAUCAUUUGAUUGGAACGAGGCUCGGCGGACCAAGACGGAGAUCAAUCAGGCCAUGGCGCGAAAAGGGAGUGACAUGUCUGUUGGAUAUUUAAAACUCAUUGACAAUCAGCAUCAGUGGAUGUUGCAGAAGCUGGGUCGAAAACGAAUGGCUGCCUUUGAGUUAUCUAACGUCGGUAUGGCUUCUCCGUUACGGAAAGAAUCGUGCUUCGAGGUCGAAGACAUGCUGUUCAGUCAGAGCGCCAGUGCCUGCAGUGCUGCAAUUAAGAUCAGCGCCGUGACAGGUCGAGAUGGCCAACUGGCCCUGGGUUUGACCUGGCAAGAAGGGGUGGUCGAUGAUGAGCUGAUUGGGUUGCUUUUGUCCGACAUGGUGGACUCUCAUUCGCCGAUCACAGCGGAAGAGGUGGAGACCCAAACACCCCCAACUGCGACCUCGACAUUCCAUCAGUCCGUGGCCUUGGAUGCCGACUCCAGCUCCGUCUACUUCAUGGCAGAGGACAUACCCGGGGGGAUCCCCCCGAUCUCGGUUACACGGUCGGAACAUGACGCGCAACCCUCCGAGCCCGAAGAGGACCCUGAAUUUACCAUGACAUCGGCGCAACUAGACCUGGACGACCACAGCUUCAUUCCCUCCGUCACCGACGAAAGCCUGUUCCAACCGAGCGAGAAUGGCGACGAACGCGUCAACAAUCAAACGCUAAUCGAAGAGCAUGAGAUGCGCCGUAAGCUGAUGGACAUCGAGUCCAGCUUCCUGCCAGAGCCAUCCACGAUCGACGUCGCCGCCAAAGGCCCCAUGGUCGGCGCAGACGACACAUACCUGGUCGGAGUACCAAAGGAGGAUGGCGCCGAUACUACGCAAGACUCUUCCCAGCUGUCAUUUGGAGAACCCGAGACCGACCAGACCGGCCAACACGAGCGGAACGAAGAAGAUCCAAGGUCUCACCUGGAUCCGGAGACCGCAGGCCCCGCCGAAGACGACGACCCCAUAGAGCAAACGGACUCAAUGAUAGAUUCCCUCUCCUCCUCAUCCACGGCAGCGGCUGUGCUGCGCCGCAACCAAUCUACGCUGUCUGAGAAUGCGCGCGACAACGACCAGAUGUCCCAGGAUGAGCGCCCAUUCAGAUCGGACUAUUCGAUGGCCCACAACGAAUCACAACUCACGCCUUCGAAGCUGCAGAAUAGCACCCGCAGUUUGUCGCCCGGUGCGUCCAGACUUUUCAGUGAUCAGGGGGGUAGCGCGGCGAGCAGUCGGAGGCCCAGCCGCCCCAAGUACUUGACUAGCCGCCAGUCCUCCCACCGCCUCUCUCAUUCCUCGAUGGCCAGUAAUAAUACGGAGAUGACGAAUAGUGAUGCAACACUAGGUGCGGACUACGCCCUUCAAUCCGGCGGCGCGACCUCCGACAACUACGGUAGUCUCAACACUGGGAGCCGCGCUCAAAUUGCAAGGACAACCAGCCUAGGUAGCAUGGCAUCGGGAGUCUCGGGCUAUAGCGAAGAAAACUCGGCGGAGAAGAGAAAUGCGCCCGGUGCCGACAGCAACCUACAGACCCUAGAGGAGGAAGGCUCGCCCAAAUCUCGCGCCGGCCCGGCCGCAGAAGAAGAAGCCUCAGCGCCAGCGACACCCAAGGCGAAGCAGCAAGAGAACGCUGUUCCCACUGACACGGUGAUCGCGGAGCGUGUGAAGGGCAUUCAGGUUCCUACCACAUUUGCGCAGCGGUUCCGCGAAGAUUUCCAGCCCCAAGAGAAGCGCGCCGGGGCUUCCACUCCGUUUGCCAAGAGCGGGCGGAAUCUCACACUCAAAGAGCAGAGCAGCACGAUUGAUCGCCUCGCCAAAGAGAACUUCGACCUCAAGAUGCGCAUUCAUUUCCUGAACGAGGCAUUGAACAAACGAUCCGAGGAAGGUAUCAAGGAGAUGAUCUCGGAGAAUGUCGAGCUCAAAUCUGACAAGGUCAAGCUCUCGAAAGACAACCAAAGCCUCAAGCGUAAGAUUCGAGACUUGGAAAAGCAAGUGAAAGAUCAUCAAUCGGACAAGGACUCAAUGGUCAAUCAUGACCCCGAAGCGUCCGAGGAUGGCGACCGUGAGUCAGCGCAAGACGAAGAGAUCAUUUUCUUGCGCGAGCGGGUUGAUACAUACGAGCUCGAAAUUGAACGUAUGAGGUCAGAGACCAUCGCACGGGAGAGUGAAAAACGACGGUUGGCCGAGAUGGUGAAGUCGCUCACCGACAAUCGUGCAGGGGAAUCUGAGGCAGGCGCACGAGAGGAGCGAGACAUGUGGAAAGACAUCCUUGAUGCAGAAACAUCAGCGCGCGAGCAAGCCGAAGAAGAGAAUCGACGGCUCCGAGAUGAAUCCGUUCGCCUACGCAGCGAGAUGUACCGGUCGGACCACAGUGGUGAUCGCGGAUCUUCCAGCACACUCGUUGUAGAAUUGGGGCUUCUCAAGCAGGAAAACGCAGAAUUGAGAAAAGAAGUCAGUGCUCAAACUUCCAUGCUUACAUCUCGAAACCGAGAGAAGGAGCGUCUCUAUCAGGAGAUCGAGGAAUUGAAGCUCGGGGAGCGUCGUCACCCCCGAUCAAUGACUGGAGAUAGCAUCUUUGACCGCUCUGUCUCGCGCGCCCAUAUCAGACCAUCAUCUCAGGCUAGUGAUGGCGCUAUUUCGCGCAGCGAUAUGGACCGCGAUGAACUAGAGGCAAGAAACGGACAGCUACGUGACAUGGUGGCGACCCUCAAGCUUGAUAAUCAGGCUAUCCGAGCUCAGCUUGAGGAAUACAUGGCAGAACUUGAGGCGCUUGACAAGGCCUACCAAGCCGAUGUGGAUCAAGCUGAAGAGGAAAUCCUUGCAGCACAACAAGAACGAGACCAAGCUUUACAUAUGGCUGAUGAACGGGAUGCUGCUUUCCAAGACCUGCGCGCCGAGGCACAAGAGGAGCUAGACGCACUUGGUGACGAGCUUGAUCAAAAGGUCAUGGAGUGCCAGCGCCAGAAUGAGGAGUUGAAGAACCAACACGAAAACCUAAAGGUUCUGCAAGGUGAAAUGAGGUCCGCCAGCGAGGGUAUAAUUCGCCUCGAGGAAGACGCUCAGAACAAUCUGUCGGCAUACAAGUCCGUACAGCACGAGCUUCAGGAGACCAACCGUGAAAUGGAGGCUGUAGAGAAGAGCCUGUUUGAGGCUAAUACCAAGGUACAACGUUUGACCGUUCAAAUCGAAUCGAGUCAGAACGAAAUUGCAUUCCUGCGUGAAGAGCAAGACGGCGACAAGAUUCGCAUUGGAGACCUGGAGUCUGAUCUGAAGAACUACCACACCAGCCUGGUCAGCGAGAAAGAAAAGACCAGGGAGCUCGAGCAGAGAUUGGCGGACGAGCGGCAUCAGCGUGAGGUGGUUGGAAGCAAGGAGAAGCAAGACGUCCAACGCAUCAUGAACGAACUGAACCGUGAAGCUUCCGCUUCUAAGGAGGAAGUUCGACGAUUGAAGAAGAGUCUUGCAGCCCAAGAAAUUGAGACCUCUACCUGGCGUGAGCGGCUAAUGGACCUGGAAAACAAUCUUCGCGAGACACUUGGUGAUCUCAGCGGAAGCCGGUCCAGCUUGAUCACCAACAUCAUGAAGCUGCAAAAGGAGCUCGAGUCAACCGCGCUUGAAUUGGAAAGCAUUCGCUCGCAGCUAGAUGAGAAGGAGACACUGCUCCGCAACCGCGACGCUCUGCUAGAAAGCCACGGACUUGAGUCCCGCAAACUUUCCGAGCUUCUGGACCGUGAGCGACAUGCACGUCGGGCAGAUAAGCAGUCCUUUGAGUCAUCCCUCAAGUCGCACCAGCAGGCUUCGCGAACCAUCACACAGAGCAACUCGCGUAUCACAGAUCUUGAGAAGGCGCGUACCGAGGACCGUAAGCGGUAUGCUUCGCUGGAGCAGCAAUUCAAGGACCAGCUGAGUGAACGAAACAUUUUGUUCCUUAGCAUUUGGACCAGGUUGUCGGGGCUUUGCGGGCCAGACUGGGCACACUCCAACAGCCUCAUCAACGGUAAUCUCCCGAGCCAAGAGGUCAUUGGCAAUAUGCUAUUCUGGCCAGGCUUCAGCCGCAACUUGAUACUUGCGAUGAAGACUGUGGAGACCGUCAUGGCAGGCUUCAAGAGCCGCAUCAAGAGCGUCGACCACGAGUUGACCAAGCGUUAUCAGACCCUUGAAAUCUCCUACAAUGGACGAAUCAAGAAGCUUGAGCGCCUCGAAGAGGCUGUCAGAAACAUGCGACCAGUCCGUGGACAAUCGGGCUCGUCGCCAGAGGUGUCCAAGCUGCGCGGUGAGAAUCGACUUCUGAAAGCAGAGUUGAACUUGCUCCAAUCCAACUCACGCGGGCAUGGUCAUGCUUCGGCGGGACCUCGUUCUCCUUCCAUAGCCUCAGCAGCCGAGUCGGAGCGGUCUCUGGCGCGCUCCGGGUCCACCAUUGGCCCGGAACGAUCUCGUCCAGAGAAAGGUCACACUCGCAGUGCUACGGGUCUUCCAAUCCCCUCUCAAUCGUCAUCGAGUACAUUGACUAACAAUGCCGGGGCGAUGGUAGCACGCACCCGCAGCUCUCACAGUGGCUUUGACGGUCAAGAUGAGAAAUGGGUCCACCGGCUCCACGAGCUCGAGCGGCGCUUGAAAUCUGAGCGUGAAGGCCGCCUUCUCGACCGCAGUGGUGCUCGCAAGCGACUCGAGGAGCGCGAUGCCGAGAACCAGAGGCUUCGAGACCAACUCACCCGGGAGCGCACACGGCGUGGGCCUUCCGGCACCAUCACUGAUGGCAGUCGCAACCGCCCGCCUGUGUCGGAUGACACACAUAGCUCCAGUGAAGGCGAGGGCAUUACCGUUGAGGUUGAGGUGUAA